AUGGACACGCAUGGCGAGAGCACAGUGAGCGAGAGGGAUGCUAGGGGCUCCCCGAAGCACGAUGCGUCUGCAACGCGAAGCCGAUCUCCUUCCGACACGAUUCAAGACGAUCACGACCAAGCUCAUUCAAACAGUGAUGAUAAUUCCGAAGGCAGCGAUGGAAGAACCGAAGAAGGAGAGAACGAGGAAGAGUCCGAUGAGGAGGACGAAGAGCCUCGGCUGAAAUACGCCUAUCUUACGAAACACUUAGGCUCUGUAUAUCGCAACGGCGAUGCGACCAGCACCUUCCUUGUGGCGGGAGACAAAAUGAUCGUUGGAACCCAUAAUGGUGUCAUUCAUGUCCUUUCGUUGCCUUCGCUACAGCCUCUCCGAGUAUACCAUGCACAUUCAGCGAGUGUUACGUCUGUCUCCAUAUCCCCAUUCCCGCCCCCUUUGCCAAGUUUGAAACCCGAAACUUCUGGCAAGGCGGCGACGGAGGAUCCCCGGCCUCCGACGCGAACUUCCACAAAUUCUGGCAGCAUUCGCGGCCAUCCAAGGCCGAACCAACACGCGCCCGUUCCGGUGACUCCAUCUAAUUCGAUUUACAUUGCCUCUGCCUCAAUCGACGGAAACGUAUGCAUAUCAUCGUUGGUCGACCCGAAAGAUAUUCUGAAACGGAACUUUGGCCGGCCUGUCCAGGCCGUAGCUCUCUCCCCAGAAUACAAGAAUGACAGGGCAUUUAUUUCCGGAGGUCGAGCUGGGGAUCUGGUUCUUACUACCGGCGGCCGAGUCGGGGUCAGUUCAAACGCAACUACCAUGGGUGGAGCAACAGCAACAGCGUCGAGCUGGCUGGGGUCAAUGGGUUUGGGAGCCAAUAGCGGUAAAGACACCGUACUGCAUAGUGGCGAAGGCACGAUUAGUACUAUUCGUUGGUCUUUGUCCGGGAAGUAUGUUGCUUGGGUAAACGAGGAGGGCAUCAAAAUAAUGCGGUCAAACCUGCAUCUCGAGACCUCAGAGUCGGAGUUUGCCUGGAAGCGAAUAAGCCACAUUGACCGUCCGAACCGACCGGGCUGGGAGGAAAUGGCCGGUGUCUGGAAAGCACGCGCAGAAUGGAUUGAUCAGUCUGCUCUGUAUGACGAAGACAAUCUCGAACCUGACCUCACAACAACAUCGCAAAAGCCGUCGUCAGUUCGUAUUUCCGAGAAUAUUGAAAAACUGGUCGUCGGCUGGGGGGAACUGUCUGGGUCAUUGAUGUAUACCCGGACCGCGCCUGUAAAUCUUCGAAGGGCGAGAGAUACGGUUCCGCGGAAGUGGCCACAAUAUUGUGUGAUAUCGGGUAUUUCUUUGUAUUCACCGCGCCUUCUUGUGGUUCUUGCGUUCAUCGAAGUCGAAGAUGACUCGCCUGAAAGCAACAGGAGAAGUUCUGGCCGCGGCCUGAAACAGAAGGGACUGGAGCCUGAACUUCGUAUUAUCGACAUCGAAACCAAAGAAGAAUUAAGCGCGGACACACUUUCUGUCAAUCGCUUUGAGGGUCUGACUUCAUCGGACUACCAUUUGAGCGUAUUGCCUCCAUGGAAGACCCCAGAGGGGCAAGUUGUCCAGCGGGGAGCUCUCGGGGCCCUUGGACACGGGUUACUGGAUGCGACAAUGUAUUCAGCACGCCUUUUCAGCUCUGGCGCCAGUAUCCGCAGCACAACGAGCAGCGGUGAUAAGGGAUCCAUCAGAGCAUCUCCAUCUUUCGCCUCUAGGAGUCUAUCUGCCGAUGACGCACUCCCCAAAGAAGUUCAGGAUGUCUCCGGAGCACCAGGUGCGAAAAUAUUCGUGCAUAGCCCAUUCGACUGUGUUGUCGCCGUGAAAAGGGAUAUUUCCGACAGAAUUUCCUGGCUUGAUUCUCAUGGCCGAUAUGAAGAGGCAUGGCACCUUGUCGAUAAGAAUCCUGAAGCAGUCGUCUCGUCACUUGAUUUACCUGAAGUGGUUUCUGGGUCCGUGAGAUCUCAAAGCAGCCUGGGCGACUUCUUUGAUGACGAUCAAUCGUCUGUAAUAACUGCUGGCCGAGCGAAGACCUCCGCCGCCGAUCGAGAAAAGGCUCGUCUUGGCGAAAGCUGGGUUGAACAGCUUAUCGGCGAGGAAAAAUGGAGGGAGGCUGCCGAGGUCUGCAGCAAGGUAAUGCGCAAUUCCACACGAUGGGAACACUGGACAUGGGUGUUCAUCAAGAAAGACAAGGUCGAUGAGAUCACUCCGCAUAUCCCCAUCGACAUGCAUCCGUCCCUGUCGUCCUCAAUCUACGAUUUCAUCCUCACAUAUUAUGUUACUCGAGAUCUCAACAGGUUCAAGGAAUUGGUCGACGAAUGGCCUUCCGAACUGUUCGACUCAAACAAUGUGACGUCUGCAAUUGAAGAACAACUCAAGGCAGACACCGUACAGUCGGACUCCGAGGAAUGGCACAUGUUAACAGAUUGUUUAGCGAGGCUUCUCCUGGUCGGCGGCCAUUACCGCGAAGCUUUGCACUGCUACAUUCGCUUGCAGGAUGCAGAUACAGCAAUGUCCUUGGUUUUAGAGCAUCGGUUGGUGGAUUCCGUGUCUGAUGAUAUCCCCGCCUUCAUCCUGCUUCGCGUCUCCAAGGAACAGCUGAGAUCUCCCUCGACGACAAUAGCUCAACUGGAAGAGUUGACCGCAGAGCCAAUUCAACUUCUCGCCAGCGAAGCCUAUACUGGUAUUGUACGCCCUGAAACUGUGGUGUCGCAGCUGAAGGCCGCCAAUCGCUUUCUCUUCCUUUAUUUCUACCUUCGUGCGCUAUGGCGUGGCGAGUAUCUUUCACAUGAGGCCUCAAAACCUCGACGAGGCCGUGGAGCCCACACCCGCGACGCCGCUAGCAAAUUGGCUGCCGACGAAGGAAAAGCUCUGAUCGAUAAUUUCGCAGACACGGCCGUGGAAGUCUUUGCAGAAUAUGAUCGGCCUCUACUUAUGGAUUUUCUGCAGAAGAGCAUUUCAUACACUUUUGAGACUGCCACCUCUAUAUGCGAGCAACGCCAUUAUAUCCCAGAGUUGAUUUACCUGCUAUCAAAGAUGGGUCAGACUAAACGAGCCCUAAAUCUGAUCUUGUCAGACCUGAAAGACGUAUCCCAGGCGAUUUCAUUUGCCAAGUCACAAGAUGACCCCGAUCUUUGGGAAGAUCUUCUCGAUUAUUCAAUGGACAAGCCGAAGUUCAUCCAUGGGCUACUUGUCGAGGCGGGAACGGCGAUUGAUCCAAUCAAACUCGUUCGUCGAAUCCCAAGCGGGCUUGAGAUUGAGGGUCUUCGGGAUGGUCUCACUCGGUUGAUCAGAGAGCAUGACUUGCAGGCGAUCAUCAGUCAAGGUGCGGCCCGCGUCAUGCAAGGCGAGGUUGCACAGGGCAUGGAUACGCUGCGCAAAGGUCAACGUCGCGGUAUUAAAUUUGAUAUCAUCGACGACGCUGGAGCGGAAGGUCAAGCAGACAUGGCGGUAGAGGCCUCUAGCGCCGUGAAGUUAGGCGGUCCGGGGCAAGGAAAGUGCGGCGGAUGCCAUGCUCCCUUUCAAGCAAACGAACGCGAGAUUCUCAUCGGUUUUGCAUGCGGCCAUGUUUUUCAUCUAUCGCAUUUGCGUUCAGAGGCAUCGCGGCAGCAAUCAAGUACAAGCAGCCCCGAUGGAUCGGCCGACCAUACACCUAGACCCUCAUCGCCAUCCGAGGAGCCGUCUUCGUCGACUGCCUCUCGCACUGUUGGCCCCAAGGUGACGACUGCGCGGCUUCUCCGCGAGAAGAUAGGCGACGGCUGCAGGAUUUGCGCUCUCACAAGGAAAAUUGAUUCGCUUGGCGUCGAGGGCGAAACAUGA